AUGGCGUCGGGGCUGCGCGCUGCUGGUUUCCCCCCGUGGAAGCGGCACAUCGCGGCGGAGUUGCGGCGGCGGGACCGGCUGCAGCGGCAGGCCUUCGAGGAGAUCAUCGGGCAGUAUAACAAGCUACUAGAGAAGUCAGACCUUCAUGCGGUGCUGGCUGAUAAACUUCAAGCAGAAAAAUAUGAGAUGCAGAGCAGACACGAGAUGAGUCCAGGGCAUGAUGGAACAUGGAAUGAUGCUCAGUUGCAGGAGCUGGCACAGUUGAAGAUAAAGCAUCAAGAGGAGCUGACAGAGCUGCAUAAGAAACGUGGCGAGCUGGCCCAGUCUGUAAUUGAUCUGAAUAACCAAAUGCAGCAGAAAGACAAAGAGAUGCAGAUGAAUGAAGCAAAGAUUGCAGAGUAUUUGCAAAAGAUCUCUGAAUUGGAAACAGAGUGCCAGGAAUUGCGUAGCAAACUGCAAGAUCUUGAGCGAGCUAAUCAGACACUGAAAGAUGAAUAUGACGCUCUCCAGAUUACCUUCAAUGCUUUGGAGGAGAAACUGAGGAAAACUACUGAAGACAACCAGGAGCUGGUCUCACGUUGGAUGGCAGAGAAAGCACAAGAAGCCAAUCGUUUGAAUGCAGAAAAUGAAAAGGAUUCAAGGAGACGACAAGCCAGGCUCCAGAAGGAGCUAGCAGAAGCUGCCAAAGAGCCCCUGCCAGUUGAACCGGAUGAUGAUAUUGAAGUGCUUGCAGAUGAAACCUCUGACACAGCUGAGGAGACAUCUCCAGUGCGAACUAAGAACCAGACAUCCAGUAAGCGACUCUCCCAACCAGCUGGAGGCCUUCUGGACUCUAUCACUAAUAUCUUUGGUCUGUCUGAGUCUCCCCUUUUGGGACAUCAGUCUUCCGAUGCUGCCAGGAGGCGUUCUCUGUCCUCGUUCCCUGCUCCCCAGGAUAAUGUAGAGCCACAUUCUGGUGCCAGUAAGGAAGUGAGAGUGCCCACUACUGCCAUAUGUGUCUUUGAUGCACAUGAUGGGGAGGUGAAUGCUGUGCAGUUCAGCCCUGGCUCCCGGUUACUAGCAACAGGAGGCAUGGACCGGAGGGUUAAGCUUUGGGAAGUCUUGGGAGAUAGGUGUGAGCCCAAAGGUUCCCUCUCUGGUAGUAAUGCUGGGAUUACAAGCAUAGAAUUUGAUAGUGCUGGUUCUUACCUCUUAGCAGCUUCAAAUGACUUUGCCAGCAGAAUCUGGACAGUUGAUGACAAUCGGUUACGGCACACACUGACAGGUCACAGUGGCAAAGUUCUAUCAGCCAAGUUCCUGCUGGACAAUGCACGCAUUGUUUCAGGAAGCCAUGAUCGGACCCUCAAGCUCUGGGACCUCCGCAGCAAAGUUUGUAUAAAAACAGUGUUUGCAGGAUCUAGCUGCAAUGACAUCGUAUGUACCGAGCAAUGUGUAAUGAGUGGACAUUUUGAUAAGAAAAUUCGUUUCUGGGACAUCAGGACUGAAAGCAUAGUAAAAGAACUGGAGCUGCUUGGAAGAAUCACAGCUCUGGACCUGAACUCAGAGCGAACAGAGCUUUUGACCUGUUCCCGUGAUGAUCUACUAAAGAUCAUUGAUCUGCGGGUUAGUGCUGUCAAGCAGACGUUCAGUGCCCAGGGAUUCAAAUGUGGCUCUGACUGGACAAGAGUUGUGUUCAGCCCUGAUGGUAGCUAUGUGGCUGCUGGUUCAGCUGAUGGGGCCCUCUAUGUUUGGAAUGUGCUCACUGGGAAAUUGGAGAGGACACUUGCAAAGCAUCACAGUUCUCCUAUCAAUGCAGUCGCAUGGUCACCAGCAGGUGCCCAUGUUGUCAGUGUGGACAAAGGAAACAAAGCUGUCCUGUGGUCUGAUUUUUGACUGGAUGAAGGGUUAAAGACAGCAUCCAGUGCCUGUGUGUAUGGUGGUGCUGAUCUGUGUCUGAACAGAAUGGAGACCUGAGCCCAGAUCUGUCCUGAGUCGGGAUAUGAACAAGCACAUGGGCUUCACUUUCCAGAGGAAAGUUCUAAAGCAAUGGAGAAGGAGCCUGAGUCGAAGACUUCUUACAGCUGUAACUGCACUGUGGUAGUUGGACUCAGUGAGGGAUUAGCUGUUCUGGAUGGAGAAUGCUACUUAGUCAUGCCUUUACAUGCAGUAUCUAUGCACCAAGUGGAGCUGAAGAUACUAGUGGGAUUCCUCACCAGACAGCUGUGCCAAAUACCCUGUCACACAAAUGUAUCUACACUUCUGAGUUGGAAAUGUCAGAAAGAAGUUACUGUAUAUGUUGACGUAAUUCGUGUUCUGUCUUCUGUUCUUGUGGCCUAGUUCAGGCAUGGGGUGAGAAGAUCCUGAAACUUGGACAGGUCCUAGGCAGUGUGAAGUGUUGGAACAGCUUUUAAAGAGAGUCUGCUGUGGCUCUGGCAGCUGUCUUUGAGUUAUCAGCCCAGUUCAGAUUGUUCUGAAGGCAAUGAUGUGUUCUUCAGGACUCUUUCACCCUUUUGUUAAAAUGCCCUUCAACACCUUGGGUGUCACAAAACAGAGGAUCUUAAAUCUUUUUAUUCCACAGACAGUUUGGUUACUGGGUAUGAAGAGAGAAGUUUAACUUCUGUUGUGCUGCUGUGAUAAGGAGACUGUGGCGUGACAUCAGUACCAGAAUAUAGAUGUUUGAUCCCUCUUUCUGUUCAUCCGUCCUGUCCUGGCGGCUGUCAAUAGAACACAGGAGAGCAAUGGGGUUAAAUCCCAAAUCCAUUCUUUUGGUGCUGGCAAUUCCAGGCCACUUGCCACCUCUUUGAGCACAUGUGCAAUAUUCCUGUUUGUGCUGGAGCCCUCUGUGCUAUGGAGAAGUGUCUUGGCUCUGUCCCUCUUCAAGCAUCCAAAACCGUCAGAUGGCUGGGUGUGAGCCACCCAGCACAACUUGAUCCAGCCAAACCUUUCCACAUCGUCUGGGCCUCAAGACAAGCCACCAGCGUUUUAUUGCCUUUUUAUUUGCACUUUAUUUUCUUCUUUCUUGAUAAUGUUUUACUAAGGAAGUGUGUUCUUUGGAGGGGCUGGAUUAGGGGGUGGCUGCUAUAACAAGCAUGUCUCUAACCUAGCCUUUCAUUCAGACACUUUCUACAGAGGGGAAUUAGAGUAUAUGGGGCAAAGUUUUUAUUUAUUCAGCUGCCCAUAAGAACUUGAUUGUAAAUAAACCUGUGUUCUGCUUU